AUGUUAUGGUGGAAACAACUUGAACGUGUACAACAUAACGUAAUGAUGAUAGAGCAAGAAGAACAGCGGAGAGACUUCAUAGAAAACACAACGGUGACGUUGACGCUCCCUACUAGGGACCCGGUAUUACAAGAUAAUUUAUUGAUAGCGAAUAUAGACCAAGUGAAAACUUUACAAGCUUCUCUUUUUCCUGUAUGCAAUAGAGGAACAUUUAUAUCCAACUUUCUUCACAAUAAUAUUAAAACAAAUCAACUAGAAAUAAAUACCGAUAUAAAAACUUUUAAGACGACAGCAAAACUUAGAGAGCCUAGAGAUCUAUUUGCACUUCCGAAAGAACUUGAUUGUCCACAACAAGCACCAAGGUGGCCAUCAGAAUGUCAAGUUGUAGAGGAAAGAAUACAGCAUAUAAUGUGGAGUCCAGCGUCACCUGAACCUUACUAUAUAGCUACGGGAAAGGAGCUAAAACCUCAACCAGUUGGAGAGGAAGCGGGCACAGUGAUUUUCCAGUACUAUCCAAUGAGUGCAGUUAACUACUUUAGCCGUUCCUCAGUUGGUGGAUCUCGAUUGUUCCUUUCCGCGUGCACCAGUGCAGGAGGAGACGAUGAACUACGGUUCGAAUCACGUUUUGAAAGCGGCAAUUUGGCGAAAGCAAUUAAAAUAACGUCUGCUUACUAUGAACUACACCUCCGUACUGAUAUAUACACGAACAGACACAUGCAAUGGUUUUAUUUCAGAGUUUCCAACACCAAAAAGCAAAUGAUGUACAGAUUUUCUAUAGUAAAUCUAUCAAAACCCGAAAGUCUGUACAAUGAAGGAAUGCGACCUUUAUUAUACUCGACGAAGGACGCACAAUUACAUUCGAUCGGUUGGAGACGUUGCGGUGAUAACAUCGCUUACUACAAAAAUGACUCAACAUGCGAGGAGGAAGAGCAAUAUCCUAGUUAUACUUUGACAUUCAACAUAGAGUUCCCGCACACAGACGACGCCGUAUACAUAGCACAUUGUUAUCCAUAUACAUAUUCAGAUUUACAAGAAUAUCUAUCGAGGUUACAAGCACAUCCAGUCAAAUCAAUGUAUUCCAAAUUACGACUUCUAUGUCGAACUUUAGCUGGAAACAACGUAUAUUACUUGACAAUCACAGCUCCGCAAAAUUGUACUGAAAUGGAACCAAAAAAAAAGAAGGCUGUUAUAAUAACAGCACGAGUUCAUCCAGGUGAAAGUCCAUCGUCGUGGAUGAUGAAAGGCUUUAUGGACUAUUUAACUGGAGAUACGAAUCAAGCUCGAGAACUUAGAGAAAAAUUUAUAUUCAAACUAGUUCCUAUGCUAAAUCCGGAUGGAGUCAUAGUCGGCAAUAACCGUUGUUCACUAACUGGAAAAGACCUAAAUCGGCAAUAUCGAACCGUAAUAAGAGAAACUUACCCCCCCGUUUGGCAUACCAAAGUUAUGAUACGGAGGUUACAGGAAGAAUGUGGGGUGGCAAUGUAUGUGGAUUUACAUGCUCAUUCAAGGAAACAUAAUGUGUUCAUUUAUGGAUGCGAAAGCAGAAAAAACUCCGAAAAGCGUUUGCAGGAACAAGUUUUUCCUUUGAUGUUACAUAAAAAUGCAGCUGAUAAGUUUUCAUUCGAAAAUUGUAAAUUUAGGAUUCAACGCAGCAAAGAAGGUACAGCAAGAGUUGUAAUUUGGAUGUUAGGAGUUGCUAACAGUUAUACAAUGGAAGCAUCAUUUGGAGGAACAGAACUGGGUAGUCGAAUGUCAACACAUUUCUCCGCCCAAGAUUACGAGAGCCUCGGACGAACGUUUUGCGAAACUUUACUUGAUUUCUAUGAUGAAGACCCAAGCAAAGAAAAAUUAAGAACGAAAAUAGUUACUCGUCUAUUAAAAGAAGGUUCUAACGCUGAUGAACCGACCAAUAUCGAUUUAUCAGAUUAUUCGAGUGACGAAGGGGAUACAUCUAGCAGCAGUUCAGAAGCUGGCCCUCCAAAAGAGCGUUCAAGCAAAACACAAAUUGCACCACCGCCAUCACCUAUCCUACCUGAUAUUAUUAACACUGAUAUUAAACCCCGAAAACAAAGACUAGAAAAAAUAAACAGGAUAGAGAAGAAGAAAACAAAAAGGGAAACAUUACAGGUUUCGAGAGCUACAAUUGACCUGACAUCAGAUGCGAUGACAGACGCUUCAUCAGAUUGUGAUUCGUUGGAGGAAAAUAUCAGUCCCGUAAGAAGAGUGCGAAAACUGCUACAAAUAUCAGGAAAGCAAAAACCAAGGAGAAAAAAGAAAAUGCCACCUGAAUUGAAAGUUUUUCCAGUGCCGACAAGUGAUUCACCAUUUAAUUCAGAUCGUGAAAGAAAAUGCUCAAAAGGAAGCAGACCAAGAAGUGUAUCAAUGAUAACUGAGCCACUUAAUAGACCUAAAUUAAAACCUGCUUCAUGGCAUCAAUUCCGCCAUUUACCAGCUCCUAAGUGUUUAACAGAAAUAAAGAGCAGGAAUAAUCCAACAGAAUUACAGGUUAAAUUAAAUCUGUUAAAGAAAAAUAUUUGGACUGGAGUACAAAAUGAGGAAAAAGGACCUUUAUCCUGGGGCAUUUCCAGUUUUGCUAUGAAUUCAUAUUUUACUGACAGUGAAGCUUUGCUCAGUUAAUCUCUUAUGUGUUUCUUCAAAAGGUCUUGUUCUAAAAAGUUGGAAGAAUUAGAAGAUGAACGUAAGAGAAGCAAAGAUGAGAAAAAGAAAAAGAAACUCAAAACAAAGAAAAUUUCUGUAAAAGUGCCAAAUACUGAGGACAUAUUAGAACCUAUAAAUAAAACUUCUAAAACAAAUAAGAAAAAGGGAAAGUUAAAACAUGCAAAAUCAGAAAGUAUAUCGCACAUGAACAGUACUAGUUUCACAGACAUACCUAGGAAUACUCAAGCACAACAUAACCAAGCCAAAUCAGCCUUUAGAAAGAGUGCAUUUGUUGCUACUGCAAUACAAGCAAAGAAAUCAAGUCGGAAAACCAAUGCAAUUAUUUCAGAAAAUUCAGAUUCAGAUGCUUCUAUACAAGUUACUAAAAAAAUUAAGAAAAAGACAAAGGCGUCAAAAAAGCAACCACUGAAGCAAAGCAAAAACAAGAGUAAGGACGAUUUUGGUGAUGAGUAA